AUGGAGCUUCUUCGCAAACGAGAUAACCCUGAAUACAAGUAUACAAUAGCCAUGAUGGGCUAUGGUCCCGAAGAUAAAAAUGCUGUGCUGGAGUUGACGUACAACUAUGGCGUCACUGAAUAUGAAAAGGGAAAUGGUUAUGCUCAGAUGGCAAUAGGCACAGAUGAUGUUUAUAAAACAGCAGAAGCAAUUAAACUAUGUGGUGGGAAGAUUACCCGAGAACCUGGACCCCUACCUGGUAUCAACACCAAGAUUACGGCUGUCCUGGAUCCUGAUGGUUGGAAGACGGUUUUUGUUGAUAAUAUCGAUUUUCUCAAGGAACUGGAAUGA